AUGCAAAGUCCUCCAACUACACCUCCCCAGAGUCCACCAGCUUUCAACGAUCCUCGGGCUCCUGGGUUUCCAGAGCUGUCCUCUCUAGCUGGUGAACUGGAUGCAGCUUCUCGCUAUGGUUUUCAACAAUACUACAACGCACCAAGCGAUCCUCUUGUCCCAACCUUUUAUGGGCUGAAUACAUUUAGUUUCAACCACCCCAGCACCGUUCAGCCGAUAGACGGAGUGGCAUACCAUCAAACGCUACAAGACUAUCAUCAGUGGCGUACCUCGAAUCCAGCGCUUAAUGCCUUUUACAUUGGACCUCCUGAGCCCGAAGAAGUGCUUCGGCAUGGCAUGAUUCUUCGAUUUCUUGACAGCCUGCCCCCCACUCCACCCAAUCCCGCGUUUCCCCCAGAUCCCCCUCGGCUCCUUCGCAGAACUCGUCGUCGACGUCCGACGCGAAGUUCUGCUGACGAAUAUGGCUCUUCCAGCAUGGCUGGUCCCUCUGAGGAGGUGGCGCCUGCUGAGGAUGCGGCUCAGGGCAAUGCCGAGUCUGCUCAGGGCGGACAAGGCAAGCGGAACAGGCGUGGUAGACGAGGUAGACGUGGCAAGGGGGGAGGGAAGAGUGAAGAGAAUACCGCAACCGAAGAAGUUGAAGGUGAGUUGACCGAGGAAGAAGCUCUGGAUGAGUUGACUGAAGAAAAUGAGGGUGAAUUGACUGAGGAAGUUCUGGGUGAGGUGGCCGAGGAAGCUCAGGGUCGGACGACUGAGGAAGUUUGGGAUGAAUUGACUGAAGAAAUUCAGGAGUUGAACGGGGAAGACGUUCAAGUUGGUCCUUCUAGCCAGCUGGACUAA